GAUGGGGUUUGACCAUGUUGACCAGGCUGGUCUCAAACUCCAGACCUCAGGUGGUCUUCCUGCCUCGGCCUCCCAAAGUGCUGGGAUUACAGGCAUGAGCCAGCACGCCAGGCCUGGAUUUGACAUUUUGAAAGCUUAGAAGGCCAAAAGCUAAGCCGAGGAUUUGCCACUUGACUGUACUUGUAACGCUUGUAUGAAUUCCUAUCUUAUUUGAUAUCCAAAAAUACUUAAAAGUUCAUGAGCCUUCUAGAAAGUGACAUUCUUUACUUACCACAGGUCUGGAGCAUGUAAGGUGGACAUGGUACCAGGUCAGUCUUUUCAAGGGGCUUUUUAUCAGUUCUAUAAAGCCAAUCGAAAUUUCUCAGAACAGUCUGGUUAUAUCUGAAAAUAUACCAUUCCAUUUGAAGCCUUGAUAAAAUAACCAGUCUUUCCAGUUGUAUCCUUUUACAAAAGAAAACAUAUUUUUACUGAACUUAUGCAAAUAACUGUUGCCAUAAAAUCAGAAUACUCACAAAUAGUUUCCAAAUUUUGGAAAAAUCAGGUAGAGAGAAAGGUAAAUUUCGCUCACAAAAACAUACUUUACCCAGUUGCUCUAAGCUAUAAAUAACUCAGAAAGAUUUUCUUGACUCUUCUUUAAUCAGAGCAGCAGGCUUCCAAACAAGAUGUCAUUUGUUCACCUUGGAACUGCCGCAGUUCACAAAUCAAGCAGCUUUUUGUCAGUCAGACUUACCCAGAAGUCCACUCACCGCCUCUUCCCCUGGGAUCUACCUCCUUGCAGGUAGUGCUGCUGAGGAGGAGCCUGCUAAUGAGCUCAAGUCUCAAGUUCAGGAAUCUUGGGGGUAUUCCCUGGCCCCAGGGAAACAGUGCCCUGCCUGAGGGAUUGUUGUCGUUCAAGGAUAUAUCUGUGGAGUUCACCUGGGAUGAGUGGCAGCUACUGGAUUCCACACAGAAGUACCUGUACAGAGAGGUGGUACUGGAAAACUACCAUAACCUGAUCUCGGUGGGGUAUCAUGGUGCCAAGCCUGACUUAAUCUUCAAGUUGGAACAAGGAGAAGAUCCGUGGAUAGUAAAUGCCAAAAUUUCCAGGGAGAGCUGUCCAGAUGGCUGGGAAGAAUGGUACCAGCAAAACCAAGAUGAGCUUGAAAGUGUUGAAAGGAGCUAUGCUUGUAGUGUGUUGAGAAGACUUAAUCUGAGCAAAACCCAUGAUUCUUCAAGACAAAGAUUCUAUAACACACAUGGAAGAAGUUGGACCCAAAACUCAGCUUCAAGCAGAAGUUGUUUAAGAAAGAAUCCUGAUAAGUUUCAUGGUUAUGAAGAACCAUAUUUUCUUAAGCAUCCAAGAGCUCAUAGCAUAGAAAAAAACUGUGUGUGUAGUGAAUGUGGGAAAGCUUUUCGUUGUAAAUCACAGCUCAUUGUACAUCUCAGAAUUCAUACAGGAGAGAGACCUUAUGAAUGCAGUAAAUGUGAAAGAGCCUUCAGUGCCAAGUCAAACCUUAAUGCUCAUCAGAGAGUUCACACAGGAGAAAAGCCCUACUCAUGUGGUGAAUGUGAGAAGGUCUUCUCCUUCAGGUCACAGCUCAUUGUCCAUCAGGAAAUUCACACAGGAGGGAAACCCUAUGGUUGCAGUGAGUGUGGGAAAGCCUACAGUUGGAAAUCACAGCUUAUUUUACACCAGAGAAGCCAUACAGGAGUGAAACCCUAUGAAUGUAGUGAAUGUGGGAAAGCCUUUAGUUUGAAGUCUCCAUUUGUUGUGCACCAGAGAACUCAUACAGGAGUGAAACCCCAUAAAUGCGAUGAAUGUGGGAAAGCCUUUCGGAGUAAGUCCUAUCUCCUUGUUCACAUUCGAAUGCACACAGGAGAAAAACCCUAUCAAUGCAGCGAUUGUGGAAAAGCCUUCAAUAUGAAGAUGCAGCUCAUCGUACAUCAGGGAGUCCACACAGGAAAUAAUCCUUACCAAUGCAGUGAAUGUGGGAAAGCCUUUGGUAGGAAGGAACAGCUCACCGCACAUCUGAGAGCUCAUGCAGGAGAGAAGCCCUAUGGGUGCAGCGAAUGUGGGAAGGCGUUCAGCAGCAAGUCAUACCUUGUUAUUCAUCGGAGAACACACACUGGAGAGAGACCCUAUGAAUGUGGUUUGUGUGAGAGAGCCUUUUGUGGGAAAUCACAGCUGAUUAUACAUCAGAGAACUCAUUCAACUGAGAAGCCCUAUGAAUGUAAUGAAUGUGAAAAAGCCUAUCCUAGGAAGGCAUCACUGCAGAUACAUCAGAAAACUCAUUCAGGAGAGAAACCUUUUAAAUGCAGUGAAUGUGGAAAAGCCUUCACUCAGAAGUCGUCUCUCAGUGAACAUCAGAGAGUUCACACAGGAGAGAAACCAUGGAAAUGCUCUGAAUGUGGGAAAUCCUUCUGUUGGAACUCAGGGCUUCGUAUACAUCGGAAGACUCACAAAUGAGAAGUCAGAAUGACGCACAUGUGAGAAACUGUGUCACAGAAGCUGAUUUCAGGAGACUUUAGAUAACAGAGACAGGAUUUACAAGCAGGAGGCCCUAAAACUACGCUCAUGUCAAAAAUCAUGUAGGAGAGAGAUCAGCCAUAUUUGGGAUGAGUGUAAAAGCCUUCAGAAAUGAGUUACAAAUCUUUGUAGAUGAAAAUAAUUGAAGGAAUGAGGAGCAGUAAAUGUAUGAAAUGUUGUAGCCUAUUAUGAAGGUAAUCUGGUAAAGAAUACCAGAGUAUCCUCUUCUUGCUAAGAAAUCCACAUUUCUAAGUUAUCCACAUGAAUAAAUUAGGGAAGCAUUUUCCCAUGGAAAGCGUGUUCCGUGGAAAGUCACAUUCCAGAUUUGAAGCUAUGUUUUUAUAAAAUAAAAUCUCAGUUAUAAACAGUUGACUUUUCAUGGUAGAGUUUAAAGGUUGUUUGUUUGUUUUAAUAUGUAAAUAAAGUAAUGAUCAGGAAAACCACAGGGAAUAGAUUCUUAAAGUUAAGGGAUAUUUAAUGUGACUUCCCUGAGUUAACACUGAAUAUCAUUUCUAAAAUUUUUAGUAUUUUAUUUUUUAAUGUAACUUGUUCUAUAUCUCUCUAUAUAUUUGAUAGUUUGUGGAAUAACAUCCCCCAGUAUUUUCCAUAUUAAAUACUAAUUGUCUUUUUAUUUCUUUUUCAUAAGCAGAACUGGCGGUUUAUUACAGAGCUGCUGCUUAAGAAAACUCAUUGUAAUGAACAUUUAUUAUAUGUUGGCAGUUCUGUGUGUGUUCUCCAUUAAUUGAGUUGAGCUCCCUUGUUUUCUCUGGAGAAAUACCUCCCCUCUCUGGGGUGCUUCCUGUGGUGUCUUUCAGGUAUCCUUUCCGCUAGCUACAGGUGAGCAUUUUACCCAUUGUUGGAUAAUGGUAAUCUCUUUUUCAGAAUUUGGAGUCUGUAAUUCAUUCACACAUGAACCAGAAAAUGUCAGAACUCAUUCAUUCUUGUCCCAGAAUUCUGUUGAGACCAUCCAUUCAUUCUGGCAAAUUGAUUACAAGAAUAACUGUGGAUGCUAUCCCUUUAGAACCUGCUUCUCUUAUCUGUGUGCUUCCUCACUUCUCAAUAAAAAUGUCUUGCUUUUU